AUGCCGCCUGAACGCAAACCGAGUCGCAGAGUUCCCAAGGAAUCUGGAUGCGACGAUAAUCAUGCACGGGAGACCGAACAUAAGAGGAACAAUGGACAGUUGUCAUGUGCUGAAUGCAAUAGAUUCCUUGCCAGUCCUGUCGGCGAAGGCGUUGCGCUGCAUUAUGUCCCAAUGGAAGCCUCACAACAGGCCAAGGAACUCGGUAUGAUCUAUCUAUGGUUCGUCCUUGCGGCGACAGAACACUUACACCGUCGGAUAUCCAAAAUGAGCGAACGAAUUCGGCAACUGGAGGACUCACUAGAGGAGCUUCAAGCCCAGCAUUCCACGGAACCACACCCGCUUCUUCGGCCUGAUUCAUCGGGGGCAUCUCAGCGUGAUGAUGACGUUGGUCCUCUCUCUGCUGACGACUCCUCAGUCGCAGACGCUCCUGAGUUGGUGGAAGCCUUGGGUACAUUGUCUAUUUCGGAUAAUGGCGCAUCUCGCUUCUUUGGAGCGACAGGAGGCUCACAUUGUCUUUUGAUGAGCGAUAGUCCGCCCUCACAAGACUUUGCCGACGGUUCGUCUGGCUCGGCGAGGGACUCGAAAAGUCCAGAGUUGCCUCAUGAAAUUGAAAUGUUUACCCCGGCUUUUCCAUUUAAACCCGAUGAUUCGACUCUGAACGUAGAAACGCUAGCCAACGACUGCCUCCCUACCUGGGAACGAGCGUGUUAUUUGACAGAAACUUACCUCGAACAAACAAGCUGGCUAGUUCAGAAUGUGUCUAAGGAUCAGAUCUUGCUCAAGUUGCUGCCCUCGUACUAUGUGAAUGGCGUACCUCAUGUUGCGCUAGCGGGCAAUUACCCCCACCCACUCGGCCUCCUUUUCCUCGUUUUCGCGAUUGGUGCUUUGGUUGAUCCUAACCAGGAACCUGGGAAUGCGGAGGCAAGACUUUACCACCAGGUCGCGCAUGCUGCAAUCUGCCUUCAGUCUGUGAUGGAGAGACCAUCUUUGGAGACGAUCCAAGCACUGCACCUUCUCGGUAUAUACAAUACUAUGAGCGGAAAUGAGUUGGCUGGCAUGGGAACCAGUAUAGAGACGUCGUGGUCGUUAGCGGCCCUGGCUGCUCAUCUAGCUCAUACGACUAUUCUGUCAGCUUGGACUUCAUGGGGGCUAUCACAUGAAAUCACUACAAGGCGACGGAUCGUAUUUUGGGAUCUAUUUGUGACAGAUGUUUGGAACUGUCUCGAAGCUGGGAGACCUCCAACUUUCUCUCUUCCAUACAUUGAUUGCCAGUUCCCUAGAGGCGGGUCACCGCAUGAUAAGCUUCACAUUGGCUCCGAUAAGCAGGCUUUAUUCGGAUCUUGGACUUUGCGGUUCGCGUCAGAUUGCGUUGCAGAUGUCGCUGCACGAACACUGACAUCCGAAUCCCCGAGUUAUUCCACUAUCAUCGAGCUCGACCAUAAAGUGCGGAAUUUCCCUGUCACUGAAGCUGUGGAAGAGUUUGCUUCUGGCGCUCUCCUAGCAAAACCAUCAAAUAAGGACAUUAGUGCGAUGGAAUCUAUGGGCCGUUUCCUCAUGUCGAAUUCACGGGAAGUCACGUAUCGGGCAUCCUUGACGAUCUUACAUACAGUCAAGGCGCAAUAUGACCUCCAUCCGACACUCACUGUUAGGCUUUGGCCUAUAUGGACGCAUGCUUUUUCGGCUUCUAUCGUGUUCGGCACGAUCGUGACACGUGGGCCACGGUCACCUAUGGCAUCCGAUGCAAUGAAAGAGCUUCGUGAUGCUUGUAUUCUUUUCUCCAAAGCAUCGUCACACAGUCGGAGAGCACAAAAAGCAUUCCCUAUCAUCACCAAGUUGACGGAGAAGGCACAUAAUGCUCUCCUUCGUGCACAGAGUGAUGUGCCGAAUCAGUUGGGUCAGCAGUGGAGCGACGCGGAGAAUGAGGGUGACGAUGAGCUGGCUAUUUUUGCAGGCCGGAUGAAGUUCGUGUCUGUAAAAAACCAAACGGCAGAUGGGACGUUGCAGCAGUCCCCGAAUUCUGAUGGGAUUGAACCUGCGGUGCUGCAGUCGUACAGCCUUGAAGAGUUGGGUUCCACAUGGCUUCAGCAGCCCGAUUCUGUAGCUGAUCAAGAGCACACGCAAGAGAUGCCAACUUGGGAUCAGUCACUUUAUCCAGGAUGCUUCGUCCCAGCCUAUUCUCAUGCAGCUGCCACCAGCGUCACUUCAAAUACCUUCUCAUGUGCAGUACCAAGCGCCACUACAUGGUGGGCCUGUCCUGGGAUCAUCUCCGCUUACAUGCUUUUCCGAGUCGUCUGA